AUCCCUAGUAAAAUGGAAAACGCAUCUACUACCUCAGUUAGCACUGCCAUUACAGAAUCUCCAGAAUUCUACAAUUCAUUGCCACCAGCCAAUUAUAAUUUAUCCGACCUUACAGUAACUCCAAUGACAUAUCGAGAUCGAAUUAUUGUAGAAUUUAUUCUGAAUGCUACAUCAUGGCUUUUCAGUGCACUUCUUGUCAUUUUCGUAAGAUUAAGAAAAGCUAUUUGGAUGUCAUUGAAGAGCACAAUAGUGUUUGUAACUCUUGGCUCAUUUCUUCUAAAUAUUCCAUUGAUUUUAUUUCAAGCAUGGAUGGUUUUCAAUUUACAAGCAGGUCAUCAACCAGUAUAUACCGUUUUUGUUUGCUCAUUUCUCAAGAAUUUCUGUAGUUCUACAACAUCCGCAUAUCAAGUUUUGCCAUUUGCGGUAUCAUUAUAUCGUUAUCGUACAGUUGUUUUGAAAGGACAUCCAUCUCCAUGGUUUGUUAUAAAUGUUCACAUCAUAGUUACGACAAUAUUUAUUAUUUACGCGUUUCUCAAUUAUCCAUUUGGGGAAAACAAUAAGAAUGAUGUGUGUUAUACACUUCGAUUCAGUAAUGGAAUGGAACUUGUUCGGAUCUUCUCAACGUUAUUUUUCAAUUUUGCAGCCAUCAUUGUCAAUUUUGUAAUUCUUCGAUUUGUGAAACACUUUGAAAGUGAGAAUAAAAAUAUCCAAUCAAAAAGAAUUCAAUUAACUCAAAGUCUUCUCAUUCAAUCAGUAAUACCAGUCAUUGUAUCUUUGCCUUUAUUAUUUUUAUCAUUUGAGUUCUAUUUUGGAAUCCCAAUGCCAAGUUCAUUUGGAUCCACAUGGUAUGCUCUAACAUUCCUUGGGCCAUUUCUCAUGCCACUCUCGUCAAUUCUCGGAAUUCGAAGUACACGAAAAGAAUUAUUGGAUACAGCUUUAUGUGGAUGUUUCCCAAAACGAUCAGUAGGACACAGUCAAAUGAAAUCGGCGAUUACUGUAAUUAUGGCAUCGAGACAUGAAAGAAGCUUUACUAUUCGAGAUGAUGAUUAGAAUAUUAUUUCUUUUUUAUAAAUUUUGAAUUCUCAUUAGAAAACUAAAAAGAACAUUCUCAAUUUGUUAA